CAGAACCAGGAGCUCACAUGUUGGAUCGACAUAUAACUUUGAGGCUCUUGCAGCUUUUUCUGCUGAUGAAAGGUUCCUUUAGAGGUUCCUCUGAAGGUUCCCCCUUGAAUAGUCCUUGUGGUGAAAACGAGGAGCUGGCCUGUAUGCCCUGUACCGAGCCUAAAUGUUCUUAUCCCUAUGACAAUGAGCCGCUCUGCAUUUUCUUCAAAAUAUGCCAUAUAGGAUGUGGUUGCAAAUUUGGAUACAUACGCCAUGAUCUCAGUAAUCAAUGUAUUCCUAACUACGAGUGCAAAAUUCCAGUGCGACAGCUGAAUGUUCCGAUUUUAUAGAUUAUUUUUAAGGAUAAAAAAAAAAGGAUUACUUAAUAAUCGGUGACAAAUAAUUAAACCUAAAUUAUUAUGUAGAUUUCAAGCAAAUUCUUGAAAUUUUGUUUUUGGCAUAAGUUCAUAAGUUAAGUGAAAAACUAAGUGUAUUUUAGAGUUU